AAGGCAGUACUGCAGUGCAGUCCGACCUGGUUAGACCUCCCUCCGUCCCUUAUCAGUCUUUAGACAGAAACCACACGGCUUUGCGGCGGCGGCUGUGUUGCUUGCACACACACACACACACAAACACACAUAGACACAAACACGCGAAGCAACCAACACAGUGGUCCACGACGAAACGAAAGCAAGCAGCCGCCUUCUUCUGAAGAACUUCCAGUGCGAUAUACGUUACGCCACAGCACGUGUUAGUAGUCUCUAGGGUCACAUCAGCUGAUCGAGAGAGAGAGAGAGAGAUACUAUUGACCUCAAACAACAUCCCGCCACUGAUAUAAACAAAAGGAGAGAGAGAGAGAGAGAGAUCUGGGACCAUGUCCGGCCAGGAUGGAUUUGACCACCUCUUGACUGCCGUAGGAUUCGGCAAGUGGCAGAUCCCUUCGCUUUUAGUGACUGUCCUCGCGAUGUCUCAGUUCUCUGUACAGCUCCUCGGGUCACCUCUCCUGAGCGCUCCUUUGCCUUUCCGGUGUUUUGCGGACCCCACAGAGUACAUAAACAGCAGUAACAUCAGCAUGGAGGGAAGUUCAGCCUAUUACAACAGUGAGUGCUUGUCUCCAUCCAACAUCUCGACAACAGAGCCACUUGAAAUUAAUGUAACACAUUUGUAUCCAGAUCAGCAUCUAACGAAUAUCCUUUCGUGUCCCAUUGUGGAGUAUGACAGAUCGACCUUCACAUCCACCAUCAUAUCUCAGUGGGACCUCGUGUGUGAGCGCGCUGCCUUGAGACCAAUAUUCCAGACCCUCUUCACUCUCGGGGGCAUUCUUGGGAGUCUCGUCGGGGGAUACGUAGGAGACAGAUGGGGCCGCAAGAGGGCUGUGCAGAUUGGCUGUAUAGUGAACAUCCUUGUGGUCGCGGGGAUGUUUUUCACACCUUUGUACGCUGUCGUCAUGAUCCUCCGCUUGGUUGCUGGAUGUACAGUCAUGGGCAUGCUUGUGCCAGCCUGGAGUUUAGUACUGGAAUCCACACCAGCCAAACUGCGUAGCCGAGUGGGGAUGCUCCUAGGGCUACCCUUCUCAGCGAGUACGAUGGGGAUGGCUCUCCUGGGAUACUUUAUCAGGACGUGGAAAUACCUCUUGCUGGCCUGCGCCUCGCCAGUCCUCAUCUUACUUCCUUUGUCCUUCAUCACAGACGAAUCCCCUCGCUGGCUGCUGCAGAAGGGCCACGCGGACGAGGCCUCCUCCAUACUGCAGAAGGCUCUGAGGGUCAACAAAGUGAGGUUGUCGACGCCUUUGAAUAUCACCAUCGACAAAUUGAUACAAACGAUUGACAACGAGGCAGAGAGCGCCGAGGAGAGGGUCUCUCUCAUCACGCCCAUCCAGGAGGCCCUGAGACAGGUGUGCUCCUACCUGCGCUCCCCCGCCAUGCGCAUCAUAAUCCUGGUGACUCCCGUCAUCUGGUUCCUGCAGAGCUGCCUCUACCUGGGAGUGGUCAUCAAUGCCAACAACUUCACCAGCACAGACCCUUUCCUGUACCUGGCGCUGUCUGGCGUAAUGGAAGGAUCAGCCAUAUUGAUCAUCACGCCUCUCACGACGAAAAUAGGAAGGAGGAUCAUGGUGUGGGCGGGGCUGGCCCUGGGCGGCCUGCUCCUCCUCCUGGAAUUACUUGUUCCCUACAAAUAUUACUGGGCCAAAUGGGUACUGGUGAUGGUAGGAUUCCUGCUGGUUGCCGGGUCAUAUCAGGUUAAUUACAUGUACGCCCCUGAACUCUUUCCGACGGAGGCCCGGGCGCGAGGUUUCGCCUUCGUUACAGUCAUGGGAAGCAUUGGGUUUUCCUGCGCGCCCCUCAUCACCGACGUUUUAUCGCAGCACAGUUCUUGGGCCGUUGGAGUAACGUUCGGAUCGUCGGGUAUACUCGGAGGACUCUUAGUCCCACUCUUACCAGAGACGCGAAACACCCCUUUGCCAGAGACACUCCAGGAUGUCGAGGACAGAAGAAACGCCACCAUAUCAAAAGCCAAGAGGAAGAAGAAAGAACGCAAGAAGAACGGACGAGACUCGAUGAGAAGCGAACAAUACUACAUAGACGACGAAGAGCUGGGGACCGAAUUAAGCGAAACUUCCACCAUCAGGGAAAACUCGACCGUCAUUUCGAACAGUGACGUUCCCGCCAUAAGUGCUGGCGUGAGAUCAUAGCUCAAUUCACAUCGUAAUGUCACAUUCAGGUUCCUUAUCACAUUUACUGCUUAUAUUUAUGCAAGUUGUUGGGCUAAUCAACAUUAUUUUUCCUUGUACUAAGCUUUCCUUAUAAAAUUAUAGUCUAUU